UAUUACGUGUGGCGCGAGUCGAGGCUCUGAGCCAAAUGCUGUGACCUCUAAUGUUGUGAGAUGGAGAGGGAAGGAGGGAGGAGGAGAUCCUCCACUCCAUCAGAGCAGUCCGGUGUCAUUGCUGUGACCGUCCUCUUUGAGGGGACACGGAUCACUGCACAUUGUUAGAUGCCUCCAUCCUCUGCAGCUCCCCACUCAGAAAUAUCACCCAUUCCUCGUCCUUUGAGAAAUCAGGCUUGCCUCUGUGUCCUCACUGUCCACAGAAGGCAUGGCCCAGAUGGCAGACCGUCUAUGGCUGGAUGCUUUUUAACUGUCCAGUAAUAUAACACUCUGAUGAGCUGUGGGGUGAAGCGCUAAUUGACCUCAAAGGAAAAUUCCGCUGAUUACCUAUAAUUGCUUUGUAGAAAUGAAUUCUUCCUGAAGAAUGGACUUAUUCAUACGUCAAAACAAAUUAUUUCAGAGCAGUAUUUUUGGGGCUAAAAAUGGAAUCCAAAAAUCAAAAUAUACAUGUAAAUAGACUUGUGUAAUCACAUGUUUUGGACUCCACUAGAUGUCAGCAAGAAACGCUGCGUGUUGGGUUUUCCCCUCUCUCCCAUCUGUUGUUAGAAAAGCUCUGCAUGUGCCAGGGCGGAGGGAGCCCACUGCAGUGUGUAGUGAGCAGGAAAGGUGUGGCGAAGGAUGAAGGUGCACCCCACUGUGAACAAACAUGAUUUACUGUCGGAGUGGUUGGGUCUCCAGCAUAUACGUACCAUGCACACUCCAGCACUCAACUGAUUAAUCAGAGUUAUUUCUAUGAGUGAUGGAAGCUCUAGAGCCUUAGAGGCUACAGGAAGCUAAUAAACCCCAGCGGACAACAGCCACGCCUUGAAGGACUGUUGCUAGCAGCAUAUUUUAUACCGACUCUUGUUACUACGGCCAUCUGCCAUUGUGUAGCCCUCACUGCCCUUUGUCAGUCUCUUCGUUGUUAACAUUGAUCUGCUCAACAUCCACUGAAUGAGAGUUCCAGCUCUGGGGAUUGGUGGUGCACACUCAGUUGUUUGAAUACGCAGCACCAUUAGAGGUUGCAGUUUUGCGAGGCGGAAAAAACAAAAGAAUGAGAUGAAAGACACUCCAUAGAGAUCAGAGAGUCAUGUGACAAUGUACUGUAGAAACAACAAUGAGGUACAUUCGUUUUGUUUUUUUGUCAGACCAACAGUCCAAAACACAAAUAAAUUCAGUUUGCUAUAAUGAAAGACGGUGGAAAGGAGCAAAUUGUCACAUUUUAGAAGCUGAAACCAGUAAACACUUACAUUUAUGUUUGAAGAUGACAUUUUUUGUUUCAGCUCUACACUUAAAGCUUUUAUCAUUAAAAUUACCUUUAUUGUUGCUAAAAUAAAUCAAGCUCCUGGUGAUGUUCUGAGUAUUAAUUUGUACAAUCUAUAAAACCACAGUUGUUACUGAAACAGAUAUAAUCUCAAAAUGUGCCAUUAAAUCCUGAAUUGGCGCUUUCACCUGCAGUUCCCCUUCAAUCUUCAGUUGCAAUAACACACAUUGUACCGGUUUCUGAGCAGCGGUGUAGAGACACAUUAUAGAAACAUGGCUCGAGCAGAGGGGCUUCCCUCUCACGAUGCCAAAUCUUAAAUGGGCCAACGCAAUGAAACACAAAAAAAUUCAUUUUUGCACCUCCUCCCAUCUGCAGCACCACAUCCUAACAGAGAAGCAGAUCUUAAUCCCCGACUGCCAACCAGCCACAGCGUUCUACAUUUACAUGACGGCAGCAUUCGCUAAAAAGAUUUGGAGAUCAGGGGAGCGGCAACGAUGCUUCACUGCUUCAGGACUUCACUUGAUAAAACGGAGCACUGGAUGUGAUCGUUUGUGCAUGUGUGCUGUAUAUGGAAUAUCGUGACACAUCUUGUCUUGUUUUUUGUUUUUUUUGUUGUUCUCAUAUCCCCUACAUAGAAAAGAAGCAUCGCAAUCUUUGUCAUCCUUCCUACUUCCCUAUUUUCCUCUCUUCCUGUCGAGGUUCUGUGGAAUGUCUCCACCGUCUCUGAAAUACAGUCACCGUGUUGAAACACAGCCAUGUGCCUUUACUCAUUGCUCAGAAAAAACACAUAGCAUUACAUGUGAUUUUGUAGAAAAGCCUGUCCCAUAGCCAUCGACUGAUUGGCUUGACUGAAAUACAUGGCUGCUAUAGUCCAUGCAGCUAGUCUCCACAACACGCACUUAUUAAAUAUGUAUUCUGAGUUGCACUGUAUCUCUCUGGAGACUUGGCCUGUUUAGUUCAAAGUAAGGUCUGAUGGGGGGGUUCUUCUUUCCGUAUUACUACUCAGUCAAUUAAAUUACUAGAUUAUUAGUGCAUUUGGUGUCUGCUGUCGCAGCAAUAGUCAGCAAUAUAAAACAAUGAUGAGAGCAUUCGUCAUCUGUCACUACAAAUCACGAUACUUCUGUGUUUCAUGUCUCAUGGGGCAGGUGCCAGUGUUGCUCACCAUGGGUUUACCUGGCGUGCAAUGAAUCUUGGUUGGAUCAAUAUCCUGUUCCCACUCAGACAGUGAAUCAGACCUGCCUGGGUCUUAGGCCACUGGGCUGUAAGAUAUCUCUCACGUUGUGUAACGUUGAGUGCACAACGGAAUGCAGGCUUGACGAGCUUUUAUAGAUUCAGUAGCGAGGCCUAAAUGUCAUACCACAUUGUUGAUGAAGAGGGAAUAUAAACUAUUGGGCUUUAUUUAGUCCGAAUCGCAUUGGAAGGCUGCCAUUUUACUUUCACCCUUCACAAAACAAUAUGGAGGUGGAGAGUAGCAGGAAGAGCUGAAGCAGCCGCCCUCCAGGUUUGGUUGUAGCUGCUGCGAUCCCUAAAGGUGAUAUUCUGUAUUUCUUCUUCUUGUCAACAAAUCCCAUAAAAAGACCAAAAACAAUGAUGAACUGAUCCUGAUAACAAGUAUUGUAUGUGUAGCCAAAAGCCUGAUUUAGCUUAGAAGGGCUCCAUUGUUUGCACAUCAAUUAGCGUCACCGUUUUACUCGGUGACAUGUUCCUUCAUUGCGAUGAACGCGAUCACUGUUGUUACUUGCAUACCAAAAACUACAAUGCCCAGCUUUUUUAGGAAAUUAUUUCACCUUUAUUAAAAAACAAACUAUAUAUUUAAAAUUUAACAUUUAACGGUUUAUGUCAUCCGUGGGAACAAAUGAGCGUAGUGCCACAGACAGGGUGGGGAAGUAUUGUGAGACAGACUGACACAUUGUUGGUUUUGAUGUUUUUAUGGGAUUUGUUUGAACAAAAGUCGACAAAAUUCGCCAGCAGCCUACAUCCAAAUGUGAAGAUGUGAAGAUGUAAAAGGCUGUGCUUGUAUCAUUUUUCUUAAUGUGAGUUUUACUGGAACAGCUUCACCUCCCUUAUAAUUACCAGAUCACUUCUAAUUCAAAAACCAGCAACCAUGCAUUGCUGCCUGGACUAAACACUGAGAAAUGGUAUGGCCACAGACAGGAAACAAAUUACAUUGUUCUCUCGUUCUCUCUCUCUCGCUCUCUCCGAUUGUAUGUUUUGAAAUUACAAAAAGCCAUCCCACUCCACCUUCCAUUUUCUCAGAUUGAGACUUUAUUGAUUUCUUGUUUAAGUGCUUAUUGCUGGCCAGUAAGGAGGGUGAUUCACUUAGGGGACGAUGAUAAUUCUCGGUGACACGCAGUUAUACCCGAAGGGCUCCAAACUGUCUGCUUCAGCGUUGGUGUUAAGCAAAAGAGUGCGUCACAUCUUGUCAUUAAACAAGCAGAUUUACGCAGUCACAUGCUCACUGUAAAUAGGAAAAAAGCAGUGGGAGCUAAGGGAGCUGGGUGGCAUUUCUGAUGAUACCAGGAGUUAUUUAUUUUUUGAGGCUAUUAUCCCAGGAGCACACUCAAAAUUCUCUUUACUGAGCUUCCGAUGCUUAUUUAUAGCAGUGUGAGGUCAGCAAAAGGUUUUCAUAUCAUGCCAAAGAUUGCUUCGUAGGAUUAAAAUCUUCCUUGAUGACAGUGGGAGUGGUGCAAGUACAAAGCCAUAAUUCAGAUAAAUGGAUAGAGAUGGCAAGGGAGGAAGAGACUCAGCAGCAGACUAUUGCUGCGGUAAACACAAAGCAAAUGACGGGCUUCUUCUUCUUGUCUUUGUCUUGUUAUCGAAACUAGGUCUCAUCUACAGUAUUUUCAUUUUGUCCUUGUUUACUUAUUUACAUCCAUUCUUUUUUUCAUGCAGCUGCAGCCCAGGAACAUAUCUGAGCCUUGUGGAGUCCCCGAGCAGCUGUGCUGCAUGAACGAGGGACAGUUGAGCACAUGGAUGGUUUUGGAUUGCCCUUAUGCAUUGGACCGGGGCACAGAUUGCUGCAUACAGCACCUUGUGAGCAGCAUCACAAAUCAGCCGGCAGAGUAGUGAGAGCUGGAGUGGAGGGAGAGAUGGAAGAUGGAGAGAAAGCGGGAGAGGGGAAAGGGGAGGGGAGGGGAGGGGGAUCCUUUCAGUGACAGAGAUAGAAAGAGUUGAGCGAGGGAGAGGAGGAGGGGAUCGAGAGAAGCAGAGGUGGGGGUAGUCACCAAGAGAAUGAGUGAGCGUGUGUGUGUACGUGUGUACGCAUGUGUGUGUGUGUGUGUGUGUGUGUGUGUGGGAGAACAAGUAGUGCUGCAGUGGAAACAGUGCGAAGAGGACUGCAGUUUCUGGUGCUGAUGGGAGAGCGGUCGAGGGACGUUAUUAAGGCAUUGUUACAUUAACCCUAAGUGCCUCUUUGGUGAAUGGGUUAGCCUCUUGUGGAGAACAGGAUUUCGGGAUUACGGUAGUGCUGGGACUGUGUGUGCAGCCUAAAUGUCGAAGUGGAACUUGUUUAGGAAUCAGACAACACCCAUGGUCGCUGCUAACCCAACGGGGGCCAGUGCCUUGACUGUGACUCCAGCCCACGUCGCAUUGGUCUCUGCUGACAACUCCACCGAACCGGUCAACAAGAACGAUGCCUUCGACGAGAUCAAAAACAAGUUCCUGAAUGAAAUCGUCAAGAUCCCACUGCCGUCCUGGGCCAUCAUUGCCAUUGCCGUGGUCGCUGCUUUACUCAUUCUAACAUGCUGCUUCUGCAUCAUCAAGAAAUGCUGUUGCAAGAAGAAGAAGAACAAGAAGGGCAAGAAGGGGAAGGGUGACAUGGGAAUGAAGAACCUGAAAGGGGGAGAGAAACAACAGGAUGAUGAUGAUGAAGAAGACGACGUGGAACCUGGACUGACUGGGGACGAGAAAGAGGAGGAAGUGAAGGAGAAAGAAAAGCUUGGGAAGCUGCAGUACUCCAUUGAUUAUGACUUCCAGGAGAACAAGCUGACUGUGGGAAUCCUGCAAGCAGCUGAUCUGCUCUCCAUGGACAGCGGCGGCACCUCUGACCCCUACGUCAAGGUCUUCGUCCUCCCUGACAAGAAGAAGAAGUACGACACAAAGGUUCACAAGAAAACGCUCAAUCCUGUCUUCAAUGAGACCUUUAUCUUCAAGAUUCCAUUCCAAGAGAUGGGAGGAAAGUCUCUGGUCAUGUCAGUCUAUGACUUCGAUCGCUUCUCUAAACAUGAUGUCAUCGGAGAGAUUAAAAUACCCAUGAACACCCUUGACCUGGCAAAGCCAAUUGAGGAGUGGAGAGACCUGGACAGCGCAGACCAAGAAGAGCCGGAGAAGCUGGGUGACAUUUGCAUCUCUCUGCGUUACGUCCCGACUGCUGGCAAACUUACCAUCUGCAUUCUCGAGGCCAAGAACCUGAAGAAAAUGGACGUGGGAGGACUGUCAGAUCCCUACGUGAAAAUUAACUUGCUGCAAAAUGGAAAGAGGCUGAAGAAGAAGAAGACGACAGUGAAGAAGAACACUUUGAAUCCGUAUUACAAUGAGUCCUUCAGCUUUGAGAUUCCUAUUGACCAAAUGCAGAAAAUCCUAGCUGUGAUCACAGUGCUGGAUUAUGACAAGAUUGGCAAGAACGAUGCCAUUGGGAAGAUCUUGGUGGGAAGCAAGAGCACGGGGGCCGGGCUGAAACACUGGUCCGACAUGCUGGCGAACCCCCGUCGCCCCAUCGCCCAGUGGCAUCCGCUGCAGCCAGAGGAGGAGGUGGAUGCCGCCCUCGCAGCGCUGAAUGCCAAGAAGUAAACUCCCCGACCCACCCCUGAACGCAUCGUCCCCACUUCCACCUUACCCACCCAUGCAUUUCCCAUCAUGUCCCCAGGUCCCACAUAUCAGUGUAUAUUCCAGAAGAACACCCCAACUGUACAUCUGCUCCCUCUGACCCUCCCCCCCACCCAACCCCCCUCCUCCUCUCUCCUUUCAAAAGAUCCAUCGAUAUCACUGAACAUGAUGGGAAAUAUAGUUUAAAAAAAGCAUCAUGUUAUAUGAAAUCAUGUCAUUGAAAAAAGAAGACAAGUUACAGGAUGGACAGAUACUCCGUUGAUUUCCUUUAGAUCUAUUUUUGUAUUGGGGUUGUGGUUCCAUUAAUAAGAAUACAGAGUAGACUACAAAGACCAGUAAGAGUGCUAUAUGGGAAUCUGGUGAUAGAGGGGAUAAAACAUACAUUCUCUCACAUUGUACUUCUCACCCCUUCCCUUUAGUGACACGGUUUGCUUAGAAUAGUGCUUAAUAAUAAAAUGCUUUAUACUGCCAUAUGAUAGAGAAAUAACACAAGCAGGUCCAUUCCGUAGGUGUAUUGUGCACCAUGUUUCACACCUGCCAGUUGUCAUACUAGAUGAUUCUGUUAGUUUGAAGUACAUUCCUAGAGUUGGGUAGCAAGUAGGGAUAGGCACAUGUCCAGUUACCCACAAACACACUGCCUUUUUGAUUAGUUAACCUUCCGCCCAUCGUCUCAGGAAAACUGAGAGGAAACUGAAACUCCAUGCCUUUUUUUCUAAACGGGUUGUUAUUAUUCAAAUACUCCACAUGAUGAGAAUGAAACGUUGGAUUCAAAAGUUUGAGCGCUUGUUUUUCUUUUUUUUCGGUAACAUAAGGCUCGCGACUGGUGUUAGUUUAUCCAUGAAAUGGUACAUUAGGGAACAGGGAGUGGUGCAUUUUUGGUUAAAAAAAAAGAAAAAGGGGGGGGGUAUUUACGUAUUUUUUGAUAUUGGCAAAAAGGCGAUGUGUCUGUCAUUUGAACAAGAAAAAGCAAGGAAAUAUCAGAGCGGUUACAACAGAGACUGAUUCCAACCAAUGACAUGAUAUUUACAAGGUGUCGAUUACUGCCUGCAGUCUACCACCUCCCCUCCCAACGCCUCUGAUUCUGUAUCUCACUUGUGCUACUGCCAUUAGUCAUGGACUUGAUACAAGGGUUUUACUCCAAAGGAAUCCCUAUAACCGUCUUACAGUCAUAAAGGAGACAAGCCUUCAAAGUAACAAAAUAAGCAAUUUUCAACUACCAGGGACGCCUUCCAGUAAGCGGUGUUGUUCUCUUCAUUUCUUUACUUUUUCUAUCUCUCUCUCUCUCCUUUUAUUUAUCCAGCUGUAUUUUAUUUAACUUCAAAUACUUUUAUUCCUCGUGCACUUUAAAUCCAAAUGUUAUGUUUAAGUACCCUCAGAAACCAGAGCUUUAAUUGUUUAUGUUAUUUAUAACUGCUGGUUUUAAGAAAGAGAAGAAAAAAAAGCAGGGGGGAGCAUUAUGUAAGCAGUUGUUUUGUUGCUGUUGCUUUGUUUUGGCUCAGCUUUUUGUGUAUGUGUUUUGAUUGUUUGAAUAUUACGAUUCUCACUUGAUUGCAAGGAUAUGGGCUGGAAGAAGGCACUGAUCCGUGUGUACUUUAUACACAGCUUACCAAACUGUUGAAUUUAAUUGCACUACUGGGUAUUAUUCUGUUCUGUGGUAAUUUGACACUGUUCUUCGAUCCGUGUAGAUUUUUUUCAUUACUUAUAAAAUGUUGUGAGAUUGAAUUGUUCUGUGGCACACGUGGCAUGCAGGAAAGCUCUCCUCAUACAAACGGACUCCUCUGAAAAGUAAAGGGACACAUUACGAUCUAAUGCUCCUGGUCUCCUUCACACAAUGUCAUUGGCUCAGUGUAUUUGUGAAUCUGUUGAAGAGGAAUCAUGAACUUUUACUUCUGACAAAAUCCAAACUGUUGUUUGACCCAAACUCAUCAACCCUGAAUAAAUUGGUGAGUUCGUAUUUGCUAUUUAUAAUCCUGAUAUGAGUUGGGUGCUUGGGCCCAGGUACACCUGCUUGCCGGUUCAGUUCUUCAUUUAAAUCAGUGCUGUCCGUGAGCUCCAACAGCAAAAUCUACUCAUUGAGUGUGUGCAAGAAAAUGCAAAGUCAAUUUAAAUCAAAUGUAGACAGUACUACAACGUUUUUGGAAUUUAAUGAAUGCUGGCUCUUGUAUCUUUCUCUGUUGGAAAUUGUGAAUUUUUAUUUUUUUAUAACCAACAUAGACCAUGUUCAGAUUUUUCAGUUUUUCUUCUCACGUAAUCUUUUUUCCUCUGUUGAUGAAGCAGCACUAAAGAAAAGGCAACAUGGAAGCAAUCAAGCAACCCAUUGGUGUGUAGUUUUGCCUAUAUACAUAGUUCAUACACGUUGAUACUGCAUGGUUAUACAAAAUACUGUACAUAGAAGCAUGUUUUAGAGACGAAGCAAAAAUAUCUCGUGUACGUAAAUGGGUGUCAUUUGUCAUUUUAAUAACACAAACGAAGGGGAAAAAAAAGACGCACUGUAUAUUUUCUAAAUGAAACAAAUGUGUAUUUAUUUUCCAUGAGGGUCAUUGGAGAGAAUCUCAUUCAAAUAUUAGAGUACUAUUACUAAUACGAACCUUUCCACGCCUAAAAAUCUUUAGCAAGUGUGUCGUCCAGUACUGUGUGUGAGUUCAUGUAGGAUGAAAAUGCUUGCUAUAUACUUCCUUGUGAUCAAAACUUUGAUUUGAUGCCAUUUAUCUGCCAUGUUGUUUCAGCACUUAUCUGAAGGCCAAUGUUUGACUUAUUUCAGAAUUGUAUUGCUAUUGCUUUUUUUUUUUUAAACAGUAAUAUGUUUUACAUUUUUUUAUGUUUGGGAUGGGGGGGAGGGGGUUUCCAAGUCUAUAAUACGACUUUUUUUCUAACACAUUUAGCACGGUGUUGCUCUGGAAUAAUUUGUUAGAGGAAGAUUGAAUAUUUCUGCGAUCUGUUGGUGGAUUGUAGGAGUCGUUAUUUGUGCCAUUAGUGAAGUCUGUUGGAUCAUAUCAUUGUAUGAAAUGAAUUUCCAGAGGCUAAAAAAUGAAAUAUCCCUUUCCAGUGGACACAAAUGACUUGGAAUCCCUUCUUCUCUCUUUCUUUACUUGGACGUUUUUAUUUUUCACUUCUACAGUAUUUAAAUGACCUGAAACCCUUCACGGCUGUGUCUCUUUUACUGUGUUUAUUAUACAAUACGUGUACGUGUAUACAAGACAAAUGAAUAAGACAAAACUAAAGCCAUAAAACUCAAGCACUAACGCUGAGUAGCUAGUUUAUUUAUGAAGAAAAAAAAAAUCUUGACAUGUCUUCAUUUUCCUUGGCCAGUGUUUCUCUUUUACAUUCCGUUCAGAGGUCUUUGUUCACCAAGAGGGCAAAACCCACUUUUCUGUAUAUGUGAGCUUUGAGAACAGUUGUGAGUUUAAUAGAGCGAGUGUGUCUUUUUCUACCUUCCAAGCUGUUAACGUCCUUGUUUCAUAGAGGUAGCUGAAUUUACAGUAUUGUGAUUAGUAACGUAUAUGCCUUGUUUUGAUAGUAUAAAUAAUAUAUAUAAAAUCACAAUAGGUUCUCAAUAAUACUGUUAAAGUUAAAGUAUAUGUAUAUAUAUAUAUAUAUAUAUAUAUAUACAGAGAGAGAUAGAGAGAGAGAGUGUGUGUAUUCUUUUCUUGGGCUGAGUGCAAUUUAUGAACCAAACUGGGUCCCGAGUCAAGUUUCUCUUCUUAUGGUUUAACAGCAGGCUGUACUAGUGACCACAUCUACAAUCAAUAACACACUGCUGGUGAUCACGCUGACGCUUUUCUGUUGGUUUGUUUAGCAUAUUGCUCAAGCAACAAAACAAAGUAGAUAGAGAUCCAACAAUCGCAAAGCAAAAAAGAGAGAAACUUAAAACUGGCACCCAAGUUUUAGGCCUAAAUCCCUCCCAUAGAACUAUGCAUAGAUUUAUGAUUUUCACGAAGAAGUAGUAGUUCCAAGUUUUGGGAAAUGAUCUUAUUUGCGAAUAGGCCUUUUUUUCCCAAAAUGUUGAACUACCUUUAAGUUUACCUCAGUCGUUGAAUUUUUUCUGAAGUAAACGUCCACCUGCCAUCUACCAAUCCUGGCAACAAUCUUCAAUGUGAUGUGCAACGCUGCACAUUGUCUAAAAGCAAUAUUAUAGUUAUUCACUGUCCCAUAUUUGUUACUGAUUGUGACCAAAAGAUGCACUGAAAACAAUUCAAAUACAAGAUUUCAGUGUGUUUUACAAAGUACUGCCAGCACCUGCUUACAGUUGCCUGCGUUCGUCGACGCCGUGUGAGUCUACAAAGCCAAAAUAACAAUUCACACGGAGGCCAGCGGAACACAUCGGAUGAUGAGGCAAAUGUGAUUACAGGUCAAUUUAUAGCACAUUUAAAGAGAUUUGUUCCCUUUUUACUGCUCGGGUCACUGCAGUCACAUCACAUCCAAGUUCUAUGGGGGACAGAGACUGGGAGCUGUGUGUGUUUGUGGGAUAAGUAGACGAAGUGUAGACCCUUUAGCAGACGUGGUGCAAAUAACACAGCACUGGAAAAAAAUAAAUACCAGAUACAGUACAGGUCUGCAUGCACGGGACACAUUACUCAUUCUUAAAUGUCCAUCUUUGUGUGUAUGACCGUAAUACUCAAACAAUCUUAGUUCUAUUUGAAAUAUGGGGGUUGUUCCUAGCUGUGUUGAUGUACAAUACCUUAUGCACAACUGCAGCUGAGACUGUGAGCUGUUUCAGCUGUGCAGACGCAGUUCUAGAGCACCGUUCACAGAACUAGCUUUUUUUGUUUUGUUUUGUCUCUCUAACAAACGCUGGGAUUUAAAAAGGGAAAACAUCCAAAGUUCAGUAGAUCAUUCACCACCCUGUCGAAAAUGUGUUGAGACGCCUCUCAGCGGGUAAAGACACCACUUUGAAACAUGUUGUCUUGUCUCCUCUAUUACUGGCUGUAUUUCUUCUGUGUAUUCUUGUGCAUAUGUGUAAUCACUCCUUCUGUCUUUAUUUGUUUUUUCGUGAUGUAUACUUCUAAUAUAGAAUGUAGAACUGUGUUUGAAUCGAUGCCAGAAUCACGUUUGCUUUUUGUUUGCGUCUUUGUCCUGUUUAUGUGUAACCAGCUACGUCCCAUCAGUAUCAUUAUGCUGAAUAGGAAGCAGGCUCGUCGAUUUCUCCUCUGAAUCUGCUUUUGAUGAGCGUAAAGAAUGCCGGCCUUCAUGUUUACAUGGAUAUACCGUAUACUGCCAAACAUGCAGGACCGUACCAAACUCUCCUCUUGAGCGCUUCGUCCUCCUCCUCUCAUCCCCUGAUGCAACUGUAUUCUCAAGACUCUUUUUCUUCUUUUUUUUCUCCCCGCUUUCUCUUCAUCUUUUAAAGAGUCGGAGGACAGUCAGGAUGUGUCCUCUAGCUGUGUUUCUUCGUGUCUAGUGUCGUGGUGCGCGUGUUCAUGUCAGUACUUGUGCCUACUGUGGAUCGCAUGCUUUAGCCCUUGACUGGACACAAACGUUGCUCACAAACUCCUCUUGACCCUUAUGUGGACAAACGUUGGGGAUCCUUAUAAAGUUAUCAAGGGAACCAAAUAACUUAUUACAAAUUUAUCAUAUGUGUUACCAGUUCUGUAAAAAAACAAAUAGGAAAUAAAGGCCUUUUAAUUACCA